AUGGGGCCUGAUUCUGAGGACAUCUUAUCAACAGCACACCUCUCAGAAGAUGACAAAGCCUCAUAUGAAUUGGUAACAGAAGCCUUUGACAACAUAUUUACUGGCAAAAGAAAUGUCAUAUACGAACGAGCAAAGUUCAAUUCAAGAUCACAACAACCAGAUGAAUUAUUUGAUACAUUUCUGGCAGACAUAAGCUCAAUGGCCGAACACUGUUCAUUCAAGAACCUUAGAGCAGAACUAAUACGUGAUAGAAUUGUAGUGGGUAUAACUGAUAAACGUUUAUCGGCCCAAUUACAAGAAGAUUCAAAUCUUACAUUGGAAAAAGCAGUUCAAAAAUGCAAACAAAAAGAGUCUAUCAGCAAACAAGCAGCUGAAAUAGAAAUGAUAUGCCAAGGAAAACAUGCAGAAGUUGACCGAAUCAAAUCAGACCAAAAACAAAGUGCAAGAUUUAACAAAACCCAUGAUUUAAAGACAGCUAGGAAAGAAUGUUGUUGGAACUGUGGAGGUCCAAUGCACCCCAGGCACUUAUGCCCUGCUAAAGAUUUAGCAUGCCAUUACUGCCAAAAAAUCGGUCACUUUGCCAAACAUUGCAGAAGCAGAUUAUUAGAGACUAAAACAACGGACAACACGAAGAGACUCAACGAAAUAAGACGUUUGGACAAGCCUGACAACACUGAAGCUUCAGUAGCAUAUUUAGGACCUGUGAAUGCUUCAUGCUAUGACUCCAGUUCUUGGUUUGUAGAAAUAUUUAUCAAUAACCAGUUAGUUAAAUCGAAACUUGAUUCAGGCGCAGAAGUUACAGCCAUUCCUUCAAAUGUAAUUCAUGCAAAACUUAUGAAAUCUGACCGUAUACUUAGGAAUGCUGAUCAGAGGGAACUAGAUGUAAGAGGUAUGUUUAUAGCAGACAUAGCUUACGGUGGGAAAAUGGUAAAAGAAAAGGUGUAUGUUGUUGCAGGAUUAAAUGAACCUUUACUUGGAAUUCCUGCGAUUAAAUCUUUAAAUCUCAUAACCCUCAGAAAACCUGAUACUGCAGGACUUAACUCAAUUACCUUAGACUCUGUAUUAACUAGCCACCCUGAGCUUUUCAUUGGUCUGGGUAGCAUUCCAGGAGAAUAUAAGAUUGAAUUGAACGAAAACGCUCAACCGCACUCGGUUCGAGCUCCAAGAAACAUAUCAAUUCCUUUACGUUCAAAAGUGGAGACAGAAUUGAACAGAAUGUUGGACUUGGGAGUGAUAGAAAAAGUAGAGUCUCCAACUGACUGGUGUGCACCAAUAGUACCAGUACUCAAGCCCAAUGGUAGUCUACGUUUGUGUGUCGAUUACACUGAACUUAAUAGGAAUGUUAAACGGCCAAAGAUAAUACUACCAGAUGUAGAAGAAACACUAGGGCAAAUUGGGCGCUCUAAAAUAUUUUCAAAACUAGAUGCCCAGUCAGGGUUUUGGCAGAUAAAAAUAUCACCUGACACAGCUAAACUAACUUCUUUUAUUACUCCAUUCGGAAGAUUUUAUUUCAAGAGAUUACCCUUUGGCAUUACAAGCGCACCAGAGUUUUUCACUACACAGAUGUUUAAACUUUUAAAUGGUAUCGAUGGGGUAUUAUGUCACAUGGAUGACAUACUUAUACAUGGCCGAACACAAGAGGAGCAUGAUUACCGGCUCACUCAAGUAUUAGAUCGCUUAAAAAAAGCAAAGGUUGUACUGAACAAAGAAAAAUGUUCUAUUUCACAAACAUCUGUGAAGUUUCUUGGGAACCUGAUCGACUGUGAUGGUAUCAAGGUCGAUCCUGAUCGUAUACGAGCACUCGAGGAACUUCCCCCUCCUAAAGAUAUUGCGGGAGUUUGA